CAUUUAGAUUUUUAACAAGAUCACUGAUACUGUUCAUUGAAAAUGGGUGCUCAGGUUUGCAAACAGGUGGAGAGGCGAAAGGCGAUCUUGACCGAGAAGAAGACCCUGUGCGAUCUUCUUGAAAGCUGCGGCGACACCUUUCCCUGCUGUGACUACCGUCCGCCGGACAGGAAAGCUUGGAUGUUGGGUCUCAACCCUGAAAAGCUAAGAAUAAACGAAAUCGUAUGGCCUGGAACUCAUGAUUCCGCUACAAACAAAAUCGGAAUCCCCUGCAUCACCCGCCCCUUUGCGCAAUGUCAAUCUCUUUCGAUAUACAAUCAGCUCGUCAGAGGUAACCGGGUUCUGGAUAUCAGGGUUCAGAAGGAUCGCCGGGUUUGCCAUGGAAUUCUGGUGACUUACAGCGUCGACGUCGUGAUUGGAGACAUAAAGAAAUUUUUAUCGGAAACAGAGUCGGAGAUUAUAAUUCUGGAGGUCCGAACAGAGUUUGGACAUCAGGACCCGCCGAAUUUCGAGAGAUAUCUAGGGGAGCAGCUCGGGGAGUUCUUGAUCCAUCAGGACGAUCACAUAUUCGAGAAAACAAUCGCUGAAAUUUUGCCCAAGAGAAUCAUCUGCAUUUGGAAACCGAGAAACUCACCGCAGCCAAAGCCAGGGGGGCCGUUGUGGAGUGCAGGUUAUUUGAAGGAUAACUGGAUAGACACGGAUUUACCGUGGACCAAGUUCGAGAGCAACCUGAAACAUCUGGGGGAGCAGCCUCCGGUGACGUCCAGGAAAUUUUUUUACAGGGUUGAGAAUACGGUAACACCACAGGCAGACAAUCCGGUGGUGUGUGUUAAGCCGGUGACCGGGCGCAUUCAUGGUUUUGCAAGACUGUUUAUAGCCCAGUGCGUUUCCAGGGGAAUUUCCGAUCGGUUGCAAAUCUUCUCGGUGGAUUUUAUUGACGUAAAUUUUGUUGAUGCAUGCGUCAGUUGUACACUUGCAAGGAUUCAAGGGAAGGCAUGAGCAUGAUGAAUUUGAGAUUUUCUUUCCUUUUUCUUUUACAUUAUGAAUUUUUUUUCCCCUUGUGUAGGGGGAGUGUUUGUAAAAUAGUGUCUUUAUAUUUAUUAAAUUCAAAAAAUGUAU